AUGUUCAAGCCGCAAGUCUUCCGGCGGAGCUUUUCACUUUUCAGGCGCGCUCCGACGCCUGCAAUCGUCAAAUCAGCCUCCCAAGAUGGAAACGAAGCGAUAAGAAUACAGAGAGUCCGCAUACAAAGGCGCGUCUUUACCACGUCGCGUCUGGCGGGCUCCAUUGUGGUUGCUGCAGGUACCUGGAAAUUUCUCGACUGGUUGAACGAGGAAAUAGAAGAUGAAGAAGAAUUGGAGGAGCAUCGUCGCGCGCGACGGCCACCUAUUCCCGCACAGGAAGCGAACGACAAUGGCGGACGCGAAAUAACCGACGAAGAGGAGGCCGAAUGGGAAGAGCAGGAUGACGAAGAAGAGGAGGAAGAGGACGGUCUGCUGUUCUUCCCUACAGGAUUCUCCCGACCCAGACCAAGAAGCUACUACAGAGGUUCCGACCCAGAAUGGCAGACAUUCGUUCGACUAGCACAAGAUCGGCCGCGAGUGGAAAAGAUCAGAGGCGAGUUGGUUACAAUGGUGCGAGAUUUGGCCUCGAGAAACCCCAAGUUCACCUUUCUUCUCGGCAAGAUCGACACUACCAAGGGCUCGAUCUGGAUCGAGGUCAAGUUUCCCGACGGGCCACCUUUGGAAUACGAGCGCCCGGGCAUCGUACUCACGGAAGACCUCACUUUCCGGAAAGGCGCACAAUUGGUUGAUCCGAUACAUCACAGAAAACUAACAAAUGUGCUUAUGCCGACAGCUGUGGCUAAUUCAGUGUACGCCGAUGUGAAGAGGAGGUUGUACGGUCAAUGGCUGGAUUUUAGAAAGUACGCAGGUUUUCAAGUAAAGCAAUCGCCGGUAGAGAACAUGUUCAAAGGACUGUCUCCCCCUCCCGGGACGGCAACUUCCGCAACGCAACCGCCCGUUGGUCCAUCCACGCCAGGUGCGCCUGCGGCAACAGACGCUGAGAAGCAGGCCCAACCUAUAGCGCCAUCCACCCCCACGAAUCCGGCUCUCGAGAAGCUGGGGUUAACGCUCCCGGAUCCUGGACAAGCCCCAACCAUGAACCUCGCCUACUUCCGCUUGAUGUUGAUGAAGAACCGCAAACCCAUGCCCGUCGAGCCACCACGCGGGACGUUUGUCGUUACCGGCCUAGUCGAGCUCAUCGGCGACAAAGCCAAGAUGACCCUGGACAUAACCGCAUGUUACGACCCGAACAUGGCGAAAUACGUUAUGCUGAACACGCGGAUUCGUAGUAUGACGAAGUACAAGCAGCAACCGAGGGGUGGUCCGUAA